AAGUACAGAUAUAUUUGAAAUCUUUACUCAACUAAACAGCAGCCUUUUUGUAGCUAUCUUUGUGAUGAUGAUGAUCGAACACACGACUUCUCCAGACAGGGACACGUGGUGAGAAAGCGCUCUAACAACUGAGGUACCAAUUGCACAAGAUUUAUUGGGAUUAACUAAUUAAUAUGAUAAUUAACUAUGUUUUUAACUCACAAUUGCCACACAAUACUUCUUGUUGAGUCGGUUUCUAUUUUUUACAAUUCUUAGUUUACCAACAAGUAAUUUAUUUGAAUAGGAUUAAAAGGUUUCAAGCAUGUAAACCUGGAUCCGAGAAUAUGCAAAAGUUACACAUGCCUAUAGUGUACACAUGCCAAUAGGCGCGACAGAUAAAAAAACUCACACUAUUUCUAGGUCCCUGAAUUUAAGUUGAAUGACAAUGUAAAGAAUUAUACAUAAUGGACGACCCAGAAGUAAUAUGGAGUGGUUCUGAUACAUCAUCCUUGUCUGGUUCAGAAGAGGAUACAAGGGAGUCAGGAACUGAUGUUAUGUUCACUUGCCAUGAAGCACAUCCGUUUGGCUUUCUUACUGAUGGAAACCUGUCCAGAUUGCUACAAACCUCAACACAAACUAAAGAAUAUCACAAAGAAUUUAUUGUUAAAUUUUUUAAUCUUACUUUUGUUGCAAAAUCAGUUUUACUUACCGAUGUUGAAAGGGAACAGGUUUUUAAAUUAGCCAGAUGCAGUAUGUUUCAAUUGAUGAGAGAAGCAGAAACCAGUCCACAAGAUGUUAAGUGUGGAGAAAAAGUGAGGCAUGACUUGCUGUACCUGAUGCAGUUUUGCCAAGAGUUUGUUAAAAACCAUUCACUAUACAGCAACAGCAAAAUAAUUGAAAAGUUUUUGCAUGAGUUACUGUUGUUACAUUCGUCGAUUGGAAGAACUGCACAACUACCAAUGUCCUAUUGGCUAAAAAGUAGAAGAUUAUCCAAUCAGCAACACUUGUUUCAUAUGCAUCUAGAAUUUAGCACUCUUGAAUUAAUGAUUGCAUACAAACUGUUAUGCAGAUAUCCUGUUAGUACUAAACUUAUAUCAUAUUUUAAUGAGGUGUCAACAAAACUUGUUUGGGACUUGUCUUGCUUGUCCAAUUUAUUAUAUUGCUAUUAUGUACAACAAAGUUCACUUAACGAGUCCAGCGAGUGUUUUCCUUGCUCCUGUGUUAAGCAAGUCUGGAUAGUUUUAAUUCAUCUUCUUGAUGAUUCAGCAAAAACAGUAUCUUUACAGUCAUUCUGGUCUGUGGUGUCAAUGAUGUUAAAAGGUUUAGAUACAGAUGAGCUACAGAAAAAACAUGGACCUAGAGAAGUAAAAUGGAAUGUAACUGCAGAAUUUAAGCUGUGGAUUCUUUCUAAUAUUUCAUCAUUAUACUGGUUUGAUGUGACAGGAAAGAAUACUUUUAGGGAAAAGCUUAUUGUUCCAGGCAAUUGGUUUGCUGUUCAAGAGAUAAUCCAAGGAUCGCUCAGUAGAGAUAAUACAGAUGAAGUCAUGAUCAAGUCACAAUUACACAGCUGUAUAACUGUCACAAAAUUUUGGUCUGUCCGACUGACUGUUUUCAACAUGUUCUUGGACUUUUUUAAUAAAACUUGGAAUAAACGUGACAAAAUUAAUCCUCAAAAUAUAACAAACUUUGUUAUGGUGGAAGCAUCACCACUGACGACUAUGCAAGCAUGCAUUUCCUCCUUGGAAGAUAACAGUAAAUCUACAGACAACAGUUUUAGAAUGUUUUUACGUCUUGUUGUCGUAACUUUGAAAAAAAUUGAAGACACUAAUGCAAUACAAAGCUUGGCGCAAAUCAAAGGAAGGAUUUAUUCCAAAUUCCACAGACGACGUAUGGAAGAACUUAAUGCAGAUGGAUUUGAUAAAUUCAACUCGUUGUUCACAGCUCUUAUUUACACACUACGGUCCGAAGAAUUGGCAACUAAGAUGUCGACGCUAUUGUCCUUUAUUCAGUUUAAUGAGAAAUCAGUUGGCAUAAAAAAGAAAAUCAUGCACAGUCAGUUCAUAGCCCUCUUUUUGUGUCUACAUCUGGACUUAAAUGCGGAAGUUGUUAUUGCCAACAUAACCAUCAUAUUUGACAACUUAGUUGAUAAUCUCCUUCAAAAGAACCGGAAUGCAAAAUCACAGCAGGAAGCCUGGGAGCUAGUGUGUUGCUACUUGGAUACUGUUGAAAUGUGUUAUGAUUAUGAAAAGACUAAGGCUUCACAAGCUGGUCUUAUUUUUGAGGCAUACUCAAAACUUUUAAUAAAUACUUUCAAAUUGCAAAGAAAAAAAGUUUUUUCUCAUAUCAAUAACAUGCUAUUGUCGACUCUGGUUAUGCAAAAUAAUUGUCAGAAUGUUCGUACAUCUAUAAUGACACAUAUUUAUAAGCCACUGGAGAGUGUUGUGAAAAAGAGUCCUUCUAUUCAAGCAAUUGAAAUAAUGGCUGGUUUGACCUUGUUUAUCUCGGAUAGCCCAUCUUUAGAUUCUAAGGAUCAAGCUUAUCAGCUAAUCAAAGAAUUUGGUUUUGGAGAUUAUCAAGCAGCCCUUAAAUCUUCAUAUUUGAGUCAAAUUCUUUCAUCAUCUGACAUUAUUGCAUUAUUGGAGAAACAAAAUGAUAUAAAACAACUUCUUAAAGUUUGGAUUGACUGCAUUUUAACAGACUUAGAUACUUCAGAGUCAGUUAUAGACCUGUCUAAAUCUGUUUUAAAUUUAAUUCAGUUAAAAACUAGAAAUUACUCCAAGAGUUGCUCAAAUUUUGAAGAUGUUGUGCAAAUUUUGAUACAAUUUAUUGCUAACCUUGGAAAAGAUUAUGCAUCAUUAACAUCUGUCGUUGAAAUGGCAAAUUUAAAGCAAGCUAUCCAAUUCUACUUUUCUGAUAUUGUCAAAAUUUCAGAAAGUGUUAUUUUAGUAAAACUGUGUGAAAAAUCAGUACACCUAUUGUUUAAGAUUUGUGGCAAUCUGGUGAAGCACUGCGCUAAAGCAUUAUACUCCAAGACUUCCUCAUGCUUGUUGCCGCAAAUUCUUGAUUUUUUUGUGCUUCCAUUAAUUUCAACAAAGAAACCAUUGCCAAAUAUAAUUGUUCAGGCAAUAAAGUGUCAUUUAGUUUUAUUUUUGUGUGGCUUGUCAGCUUUGGAUAUCAAAAAAGAUGAAUUUGUUGUAAGAAAAAUGAAGGAGAUUUUUGCCAGAUAUUUUACAAUUUCCUGUGUUCAGUGUUAUAUGAACCAGAGCUUGAAGAAUCCUUUUUUAGAACCUUUGAAACAUUCACAUACUCCGGGUCUUAUGAAAUCAAUAGGUGAUUAUCGGAAUUUUGUGUUGACACAUGUGAGGGACUGUUAUCUUCAUCUUCGGCAGGAUCCAAAACAAUUAGCAUCAAUUUUAUACUUUGUCUUGCAAAUCCUUCUAAUGGUUGAAGAGGGAAGUGAAUUAUCUAGAAUGGCGCAUAUUUUACUGAGUAAAAUAUUAAGUUGUUUACUGGUAUGUGACGCUGCAGGUAGUAAAGGUGAACCUCCACAUAUCCGGAAACUUUCAUUACGUAUUUUAAAGAAGUUAUUUUUAAGCAGCCAUUAUGACAGUGAAAUGAUCAAUUCUAUGCUCAAAAAAUUUGCUGAAGAUAACCUUCCAAACUAUCAGGAAAUAUUGUUGAAAUCGUUUGAAACAACUUGUGUUCUGUUACCACCUGACUUGACACGCAAUUUUAUCGACAGUCUACACUCACUGGUCGAAGCAGAUGAGAAAAGACGAGGAGUAGGAGGGGACCAAAAAUUACGGAAUUCAUUGCAAAAACUGACGUCUUUUGCAGCUGGAGAAUUUUAAAAUUAUUUAAAUAUAUAUAAAAGUAUUGUAAAGUUAUGUAUUGUAUGAAAUGUAAAUUAAAAUUGUUUUAUGAAAGAAAUCCAUCAAUGUUUUAAAUUAGA